GCAUCAAGAAACAGAGAUGUGGUGAGAGAGUACCUCAGCAUUAUACUGCGGACUUCUCAGCAGGAGGAAGCCGAGAGAGAGGGGAUUGCUUCUGCCAUCAGUCUCGUAGCUACCCGCCACCUCAAGGACAUCUUGGUGGUGCUUCAGGAAUUCAUUAACAUUCUGAACCCAGACGAAAGCUCACCCGGUGAGGAUGCACAACAGAGUAAGUGGAGUAUGGCAUCCAGCACCCUUCACCUUUGCUAUGACCAGGUGGCCAAGGAAACAAAGGACAACAUCCUGCCCUGGGUGGACCACAUCCUGUCCCAAAUGUUAUACCACUAUUGCCGCUACACUGCCUCAGCCACGAACCUAGGUCUGAAGCUGAGCUUUCUGAGGUCAAUGGCUGCAUUCACCAGAACUGUUGGUGACAUCAGCCAGAAAGCAAAAGAAGCCCAUGAAUUCUCGCAGAAAGCCGUCAUUGUGGCAUUCAUGGUGAAGCUGAUUGAAGAAGAGUCAGUGAACUUGCUGUCUAACCCUGUGCGCCAGCAGGCCAUGAUUGUGGUCACUAACCUGAGAAAGCUGAAGCCACCACUAAAGUCUGAGAAGAAAGCUGUUCUACUCCGGGCAUGCUAUAAAAGUGUCUUUUCUCUGCCUCCAGUAGAGAUCAUGUUAGCAGAGGCAUGUGAUAAUAUACAAUGCCAACACCCAGAGUCUCUGUACAAGGAAACUAUAGAUGCCUUGAGAGGAAUGCUUGAGGGUUUGGUAUUUGAAUGUCCUGUGGAGGCCCAGAAGAUUUUGGAGUACCUCGAGCCCUGGCUAAUCUCCAGAAAGGAUCAUGAGCGGGAACGAGCAAUGUGGUGCAGUGCCCGGAUCCUAAGAUGUGUGGCCAAGCUUCCCAAUUUUGACACAUCAAUUGAAUUCAGCAGACUGGGUCGCCUGGUUAGGCUGCUUGCCCUUCGAUGCCAUGACCCUGUGGACAACAUCUGCUUCUUGGCAGCCCGGGCAGUAUACAACUUGUAUUGUAUCCAGCUGGUUAAAAAGCAGCUUGAGAAGGGACAUGGAGUGGAGAAGGUAGACACGCUAAAAAAUCUGGGAACAUACAGUCCCUCUGUGUUCUACAACAACACCUCACAAAUCGCUAAGGCUUUUGCAGAAUAUUUUACCCCACUUCAGCUAACAAAUCUGGUUCUGACAGCACUUGAUGGUUUGACAGAUCCCAGGGAGAAAAUAUCUCGGGCAGCUGGAGAACUGCUCAGCGCAAUUCUGGAAGAACGGGGAGCUGAUCUGGAGAAGGUAGAUGACACUCUGACUGGCAUUUACAAGCGCCUCAGCCUCAUCCAUGAACCCAUUACGAGGCAGGAAAUGUUGAGGGCAGUGUGCUUCUUGGCUGGAAACAACACCAAGAAAGUGGUGCCUAUCCUGUUGGACCACAAUCUCCCAUGGGACAGCAACACAACUGAGCUAUGGAGGUUCCUGGGCACCAGAAGAGAAACCACCCUCAAUGUUCUUCAGUUGCUGAUAACAAUCCUGGAGGAGAAACCAGUCCAAAAAGUCAAUAGCAGUAUCUCGGAUGAUGAGACCUCCCUCCAGCCUGUUGCUGUAACGUGUGCACUGUGUGAGAUGCUCUCUGUCCCUGGCUGCAGAGAUGCAGUGCAGGAACUUUACCCUCGCCUCUUGUUGGCAGUGCUUAGUCAUGUCCAGCGAGUCAUUGAGCAGAACCCAUUAGAGAACAUGGUGGUCUAUAGGAAAGAGUGUGGCCAGGGGCACAGGCCCAAGGCAUUCGAUCCUUCCAGCUGUGCUCUGGAGGCUGUGAAGACCCUGCUCUCAGGCGCUGGUUACUUCGAGGUGUUAGACUAUGUGGAGGAACACAGAGGGUGGGACCUGCUCUCCAGCCCCAGUGAAUACUAUUGUGGAAUAAUGGAGAUCACAAGUGCCAUGGUGAAGCAUUUCAAGCCUCUUCAUCUGCACAGGAUUUUUAACAAGCUGAUCCCGCUGCUCAACAGUGAGAAUGAGCAUGAUAAAAUUAUGUCCAGGGCCUUCUAUGCUCAACUUCUCUGGCACCGUUCUGUGGCCCAGAGUCUGGAACUCGACGUCUUGGCCCCCCUGAAAAAAUGGAUCCAAGAGCCAAAUCCCAUCAUGAGGCUGUUGGGACUCAGAGGAAUUAGUAAUUUAGCUCUUCACCCAGGGAAGGCGACACAUCUCAGAAACCACCUUCCAGUCCUCCGGGAGUUCCUAAAAGAGAAAGAGGAGAGGAUUGCAGAGCAGGCUGUGAAAGCCCUAAGAAAUAUCAUUUACUACAUGGAAGGGGAAGAGGUCAAGGUUGCAUUCUGCCAUAUCGUCCGGCCUCUUUGGCAGCUAAUUACUGAUGAGAGAGAAAAAGUGCGCAUUUCUGCCAUCAUUGCCUUUGGCAAAAUGCUGAAAUGUGUGAACAAAUAUAAACCUGGACCUGUCAUCCAUAAUGAAAUCUACUGUGCUUUGGUGCCUCUGAUGCUCGUCAUGCAGGGGAAUAAUCACGAGAUAUUAAAGGCAUGUGGAGACACCUUGGCAGAGUGUGCACAGGUAAUGGGAUGGAACCAGCCCAGGAACUUGUUCAGACAAAUGACACUGAGUGACCAUCUUCAGGUCUUGCAAGAGAUGUGCAAAUUUCUGGUGAGGAAAUGCAGGAGAAUGGUGGGGGACUUCUUACUUAGGAGCAUAGCCUACCUAAAGAACCCUCAGCCCCUUUUACGAGAGGCAGCAGCCAGGUUUAUAGAGUUCACAGUAAAGAAUUUGAACUUAAUUCAAGUCGACAGAGAUGAUGUGAUGCUACUGCUCAAUGCUCUUGAUGAUCUCAAAUAUGACCCUAUAGCCUCAGUUUGCAUUGCAGCUAUAGACACCAUAACAAAUAUUGAGACAGCUUGUUUGCCUGAAGCAGAGCCUCUCUCCAGAUUGAGGAGGUUUUUCUGCUCUCUGCCUGUUCAAAGAAAGAUGAAGAUUUUUAAAGACAGAGAAAUUCCAUUAAAGUUCAAGUCCAGCUCAAAGCAAUUGAGAGGCAAAACCGUCCCUGAAGAUACCUCAACAGCAGGCCAAGAAGAAGGGGAAAAGAGCAUGAAACAGAAGCUAUGGAAGCUCACAAGGAAUAUGAAAAGGAAAAGACUCUAAUGUUGUGGAAAUAUCUUCCUCAAAGGUGCUGCAGCUGCACAUUAAAAUCAGAAAUUGACCGUGCUGAUGGGUCUGCAAACCCUCCAGUAGCUGCUAAAAGAGUUACAAAGCAGAGUCAUCUAGAGCAGCUGAACUAACUGAGGAAGGAAGAAAAGAGAUCAGGAGAUGGUUUCCACCUCAUUUGGCAGGGGGACAUGAGGAAGUGUUCAGGUCUGAUGGACUUGAAGGAGACAGAAGAUGCAGGAGAGAGAUGUAGAACAGACGCAUGGGACAAGGAAAGUGACAGUCUCAAACCAUUUCUUCGGAGCUCAGAGCUGGGGUGGGAGGGAGAGUGCAUACAACACAAAAGGGAACUGCAAAAUCGGGCCAGGGUUAUUCUCUGCAUGACAGAAGGUUUCCAUACUGUCCUGGCAUCUGCCUACCACAUAGCCAGACAUUAUCUACCAUCAGCUUUACUCUAGCAGUUACCACUUCAGUGACCUCCUGCAAGCUAUACCCUCCUCCUAGCACAAGUGCCAGAAUUAUAGUCUGGUUGUGUCCCUGCUUCCUCCUGGCUAACAGCAAUAGAGUUAAUUUCCCCUCCCUCUGGCUUUGCUUUGUUUGCUACUGUUCAUUAACGGUUGUGGGGUUUUUAAAUAAAUGUUGUUAUGGUAUUUUUCUGGAGUGAUCGCUACCCUGUUAGCAAAUGUGAGAGCCCAAAAUGAUCAUUACAGUGCCUUUGUCUGUAAUCACCCCGAUCACCAUGCCCAUCGCAACUUGCCUUGGCACCAGUCUAACUUUUGUGUAAAUAAAAUCAAGUCGUGGAAUCACAGUAGCACUGGUGGGUGUCAUUCCUAACUAUAAAAAACAACGAGGAGUC